GAGGCCUUUUCCCGGACGCCGGAAGCGCUCAUGCGGAGUUUCUGAGUGGCGGGGCGGGGCGUCCCCCGCAAUGGCGACCAGGGCAAAGCGCCGGCGGGUGGCGGGGCCUGUGGGCGGCGACCCGGACCCAGUGGCCGCCUUCCUGAGCUGGUGCCGGCGGGUGGGGCUGGAGCUGAGUCCCAAGGUGGCGGUGAGCCGGCAGGGCACGGUGGCCGGCUACGGCAUGGUGGCCCGGGAGAGCGUGCAGCCCGGGGAGCUGCUGUUCGCCGUGCCGCGGGCCGCGCUCCUGUCGCAGCACACCUGCUCCAUCGGCGGCCUGCUGGAGCGAGAGCGAGGCGCGCUGCAGAGCCCGUCGGGCUGGGUGCCGUUGUUGCUGGCGCUGCUGCACGAGCUGCAGGCCCCGGCCUCGCCCUGGAGCCCUUACUUUGCGCUCUGGCCGGAGCUAGGCCGCUUGGAGCACCCCAUGUUCUGGCCCGAGGAGGAGCGCCGGCGAUUGCUGCAGGGCACGGGCGUACCUGAGGCCGUGGAGAAGGACUUGGCCAACAUCCGCAGCGAAUACUAUUCCAUCGUAUUGCCCUUCAUGGAAGCCCACCCGGAUCUUUUCAGCCCCAGGGUUCGCUCCUUGGAACUCUACCGCCAGCUGGUGGCUGUUGUGAUGGCCUACAGUUUUCAGGAACCACUGGAGGAAGAGGAGGAUGACAAGGAGCCAAACUCCCCUUUGAUGGUGCCUGCUGCAGACAUACUAAACCAUUUAGCCAAUCAUAAUGCCAAUCUAGAAUACUCUCCAAAGUUAUGUUGGUGGGGGCUAGCCAGGGAAGGGCCUAGCCCCAGCUUCUCCAUUCCACCCCAGAAUUGUCUUCGGAUGGUGGCCACUCAGCCCAUUCCUAAAGGCCAUGAAAUUUUCAACACUUACGGACAAAUGGCUAAUUGGCAACUGAUUCAUAUGUAUGGUUUUGUUGAACCAUAUCCUGACAACACGGAUGACACAGCCGACAUUCAGAUGGUGACAGUUCGUGAAGCAGCAUUACUGGGAACAAAAGUUGAAGCUGAAAGGCUGCUACUGUUUGAACGGUGGGAUUUCUUAUGCAAACUGGAGAUGGUAGGGGAAGAGGGAGCCUUUGUGAUUGGGCGGGAGGAGGUGCUCACUGAAGAAGAACUGGCCACCACACUCAAGGUACUAUGCAUGCCGGCUGAGGAGUUCAGAGAGUUUAAAGACCAGGAUGGAUGGGGAGAUGAUAAAAGGGAAGAAGAGAGCUUGACAAUCACAAAUAUCCCCAAGCUGAAAGCAUCAUGGAGACAGCUGCUUCGGGACAGUAUUUUGUUGACCCUGCAAACUUAUGCCACAGACUUAAAAUCUGAACAAGAUGUACUAAGUAACAAAGAGGUCUACACCAAGCUCAGCUGGAGGGAACAGCAGGCCUUGCAGGUUCGCUAUGGUCAGAAGAUGAUCUUACAUCAGUUGUUGGAACUGACAAGUUAGCAGGUUCCCUGUUGCCUGAAGGACCAUCCACAGGAACUUUAUUCUAAGCUAAUUUUCAGUGAUGAUUGAAGAAAAGGAAAAUCUGGGUCAUUUGCUUUGCUUUUCCUAUUAAACACCAAAAGGAAAAGUAGCAAAGGUGGUGGGUGUGCUAGGGUUAACUCAGAUAAGGUUGACCUGUUUAAGAACUGGGCACAGCAGACUUGCAAAUUGCUGUUACCAAGAUCAGUAAGUUUUAUAGCUGUUUACUCAGACUGAACCAAAGGUUACAAAAAAUGUGAUAAUAGUAGGUUCCUAGUAUAGUCUAGCAAUUAAUAACAGACUUUGAAAGUAGACCUGGGUCUUUUUUGAGCAAGCUACUCCUCCCACCCCAAGACUUCAUUUCCUGUUAGGGGGUAUGAUCUAGCACCGGCAUUCAGCAAUUACUGUACUUCCUCAGGAGUCUGAAGUUUCCUCUACGUGGCACAGCUCAUGGGUAAUGAAAUCCUAAGACAACAAUGACAUCCAAGCCUCACUCAUUAAGGUUUCUAUUUAAUCUUGAACCUUUUUGUCCUCUGUGGCCAUAAAACUUGAUAGUUAUUAAAUAUAAGGUAUAUUUUAAAUAGUGUAAAUCUUGAAUACUAUUUAAAACAACUAGGUGUAUAUCAAAAUACCAGGGGACAAAGAGUAUGAAAACUAAUCAUUUAACCAUAGAUACACUAUGCAAAAUUCACUUCCUUGCUUGUCUAACAUGCCAGAUUCAUGGAGAAGAUCUACCAUUCAGCAAGAAGUGAGGUUUCCCAACGGCCGCAGGCUCUGCGAGGCUGGGUUGUCCACUUUCCUCACCACCAGCACUGGCUGCUGCUACUGAGAAAGGCACAGUGGACUCGGUGUAUGUCAUAAUUUUAAUGUUUUGACUACAGUCUGCAUACACAUACAAGUAUGGGAGCUAGAGCCCAGGAACUAGAAAGGCUACAAAAUACAACACGUGGACCAAUACAUUUACAAAACAUUCAAAAUCAUUACAAAAGGGGCUGUAUUGGUCCUUCUGACUUUGUUGUUCAUUCAACAUAGCCUGUAUGGCUAUUGAGUGGGGAUAAUGGGGAAGGGCAAUUCAUACACUACUGGUUCCCUUUCCCAUAAUUCACAAGUACCAGGAGAAAGAUAGGGGCACUUUUAGGCCUGGUCUGGUUUCCCUUUACAAAAAGAGGUGACUGCAUCUCACGGGGCCGGCGGCAGAUUCUCCAGUAGAAAUGAGAAAACAAUGCUCUCCCAGCAGUCAGCUUUAGAUUUGGGGAAGAAGCAAAACAAAAACCCCGUGGGAUCUCAAUUGUGAGCUCUUCCCAUGUCCCCUAAAGCAUACCAAGUAACAGCACAUACAUAUUUUUAACAACUCUGUGAUUUUCAAGGUCCCCUGUCCACAUUAAAAAAAUAAGUUACACAAUA